UCUUCUUCCAAUAUUGUUUUGUUUUCUUCAAAAAAAAAAAAAAAAAAGGAAACCGAAAGAUGAUGAGAAGACAACAAGUAGAAGAUGAACAAUCUAAGCUUCUUUACGAGCUUUCCACUUUAGUUCUCAACAUUCUCCGAUCUCCAACAACAGCGCCGUUGGAUUUUUCUGAUGAGUCUGGGGUUAUCCAACGCAGUACAGCUAGGCCAGGGAUUACACCAGCGGGUUUUGCUUCACUGCUUCUGGGUGUAUCUUUGUCUUUGAUGCUGUGUGGAUCUGUAACCUUCUUUAUUGGGUUUUUUAUGAUGCCUUGGAUACUUGUGUUGGUCAUGGUUUUGUAUGUUGCUGGUAUUCUUUCUGCUUUCUCUAUGAUUGCUAGAGCUAUUUUCUCUCCUUUAUUGCCCCCGCCGCCUUCUUCAUCGCACCUAAAAGAUGUUCAAUCCUGUAAAAUAUUGUGAAGCAGUUUAGACAUUUGUAUUGGGACACAACAAGGGUGAGGAGCAUGGUUGAACUCUUUACUAGGUGCAGUUUCCUGCAAUGUUUAAAGAAUGGAUGCAGGAUCUACACAUUACAAGCUGGUUUUUAUUGCAGGAGGACAGCUUAGGCAUUUGAAAGUGAAAAUAUUUUAUUAGCGGCAAUUUACAGUAUAGGAAGAUCAAAACGGAUGUGCCACGUUUUUAUCUUAGUGCACUAUGUUGUAUUUCUUGUACCAUUAAAGAUGUAGAAACAAUAGCUUGUUUCACCUUCCCAAGUGAGAUUGCUGGAAAUGAAGUACAAUCAAAGCUUAAUUAAUAAUUUAGCUGUGAUUAUUUUCCUGA